UCCCACACUUCCCAUUCCCCUUCCGGGAGAUUUCUCUUCCUCCGAUCAUCAUCAUCAUCAUCACCGUGACCAUAAUUUCUCUAAAACCAGCACACAAUUCCCCACCCAUUUCAACUCAAUUGCUUCUAAUUCUGUCUAUCAUUAUUCAUACAGUUCAUGCAUAUAUCGUUUUCAUCCCAUCUUUAGCCAGAUAUAACCUGCACCAACAUUGCCAUAAUUCUGAGGUUACUCAAACCCCACGUUCUUGGAAGCUACAAAAAGUAGAGACGAUGUCUAGGCAGUCGGCAUCGUCCGCUUUUCACAAAUCCAAGACUCUCGACAACAAAUAUAUGCUUGGUGAUGAGAUUGGGAAAGGAGCCUAUGCACGAGUUUACAAGGGAUUGGAUUUGGAGAAUGGAGAUUUUGUUGCAAUUAAACAAGUCUCUUUGGAAAACAUUGCUCAAGAAGAUCUCAAUAUUAUCAUGCAAGAGAUUGAUUUGCUUAAGAAUCUGAACCACAAGAACAUUGUGAAAUAUUUGGGAUCAUCAAAGACGAAGACUCAUCUUCACAUUAUUCUUGAGUAUGUGGAGAACGGGUCACUUGCCAAUAUUAUUAAGCCAAACAAGUUUGGACCUUUUCCUGAAUCAUUGGUGGCUGUUUAUAUUGCCCAGGUGCUGGAAGGCUUAGUUUAUCUACACGAACAAGGUGUAAUUCACCGCGAUAUUAAGGGGGCAAAUAUACUGACUACCAAAGAGGGUCUUGUGAAACUUGCAGAUUUCGGUGUUGCAACAAAACUAACUGAAGCAGAUGUUAACACACAUUCAGUGGUUGGAACUCCAUACUGGAUGGCGCCUGAGGUAAUUGAGAUGUCAGGUGUUUGCGCUGCUUCAGAUAUCUGGAGUGUGGGUUGCACUGUGAUUGAGCUUCUAACAUGUGUUCCUCCAUAUUAUGAUCUUCAGCCAAUGCCUGCUCUCUUCAGAAUCGUACAGGAUGAGCACCCUCCAAUACCAGACGGUCUGUCACCUGACAUCACGGACUUCUUACGUCAGUGCUUUAAGAAGGAUGCUAGGCUGAGACCUGAUGCUAGGACACUUCUGUCACACCCCUGGAUACAAAACUCAAGGCGUGUUAUACAGUCUUCUAUCCGUGACAGUGGAACGAUAAGAAAUAUGGAGGCAGAUAGAUCCACAGGAGUAGAUGUUUCAAAUGAUCAGAGUUCAGGGGAAAGCCCAUCAGCAGGGAAAGACGAUGGUUCACUAAAAGAACUGCCGUCAAGUGAUACUGCUUAUGUGGAAGGUUCUCGCAAAGAUAAUGACUUGAGUAGCAAUCAUGUGGAGGAUGCCAUUGAUAAUUCAACUGAUGCAAAUGAUGUUCACCCGGUGAUUCAGCAAGUGGAAAACAGUGAACAUGGGGAAGUCAUUGGUGGAUCUGUUGGAUAUAGUGACCAAAGAGGGAAAAAUGUCUCAGAUAAAGAUCAGAGUGGUAAUGCAAUAUCUUCCCAAGCUGAGCCCAAAUUAUUUGAUUUUGGAACUAAAGAUUACACUCUUGGAAAGGCUGCUAUGACAUCUGAACCUUCUUUUGGAAACGAGCUCAGUAGAUUUAGUGACACUCCUGGAGAUGCUUCUUUGGAUGACUUAUUCCAUCCAAUGGAUAAAGCUCCGCAGAGUAGGGUUACUGAAGCAUCCACAUCUGCAUCAUCACUUCAUAUGAAUCAAGGGAAUGCAUUUGUAACUCAUGAUGGUAAACUUGACCUGGCUACAAAAUUAAGGGCUGCAAUUGCCCAAAAGCAAUUGGAAAUUGGCAAUGUGAAGAACAAUGGUGGAGACCUUAUAAGGCUUGUGAUGGGUGCUCUAAAGGAUGAUGUCAUUAAUAUUGAAGGAUUGGGUUUCGAUGAAAAGUUGCCUACUGAGAACCUUUUCCCAGUGCAGGCAAUUGAAUUCAGCAAAUUGGUUGGGUCACUGAGACAAGAUGAACCUGAAGAUGUUAUUGUAACUGCAUGUCAGAAAUUGAUCACUUUCUUCAACCAACGUCCUGAGCAGAAAAUUGUAUUUGCUAAACAAUAUGGAUUUCUCCCUCUAAUGGAAUUACUUGAGGUUCCACGAACAAAUGUCACAUGUUCCGUGCUUCAAGUUUUAAAUCAAAUAAUUACAGAUAACUCGGAAUUUCAGGAAAAUGCUUGUCUCAUUGGCCUUAUACCCAUUAUCAUGAGUUUUGCUGGGCCAGAACAAUCACGUGAGAUUCGAAUAGAAGCAGCCUAUUUUUUGCAACAACUUUGUCAGUCAAGUUCGUUGACAUUGCAAAUGUUUAUUGCUUGCCGUGGCAUACCAAUUCUUGUAGGCUUUCUGGAGGCUGAUUAUGUGAAGUACAGGGAAAUGGUUCAUCUAGCUAUUGAUGGCAUGUGGCAGGUUUUUAAGCUUCAGCGGUCUACUUCAAGAAAGGAUUUUUGUCGCAUAGCUGCUAAGAAUGGAAUUCUAUUAAGGCUUAUCAACACUUUGUAUAGUCUGAAUGAGGCAACUAGAUUGGCUUCCAUAUCUGAUGGAAAUGGCUUCUUUCCGGUUGAUGGUUUGGCUCGUCCACGUUCUGGAUCUCUGGAUCCCAGUAGUCUGGGUGAGACUCCAUCUUAUGGAUAUGAUCCGCCUGAUGUGCUGAAGGCCAGAAAUGUUAGAUCAGAUCAUCCCUCAUCACAAGGAACAUUGGAACCUUUGCGAUCUUCAGUUUCAUAUUCACCUGAUUCACGAGUUUUUCUUUUUGAUGCCGACAAACCUCAGUCUAGUACGGUGGCAACAGAAGCUUCUGCCGCUUCAAGUUUAUUGGAUCCCCUAUCCUCGGACAAAGUUGCUAAUUCUACUACUAGGCAGUCUACAUCUAGAAUGUCCACAGAUCGACCAUCUAAUGGUUUUUCCACUACAGUUGCCACACAGCAAGAAAAUGUUCGCCCUCUUCUAAGUUUACUGGAGAAGGAGCCUCCACGACAUUUCUCUGGUCAACUUGAAUAUGUACGCCACCUUUCUGGGUCAGAGAGAAAUGCUAGUAUACUGCCCCUGCUGCAUGCAUCUAGUGAAAAGAAAGCCAAUGGUCUAGACUUUUUGAUGGCCGAAUUUGCUGAGGUAACUGGACGUGGGAGAGAAAAUUCUAAUUCUGAGUCUCUACCAAUUACUCCCCACAAAUCAUCAACUUCCCAAAAAUCAAUGACUAAGAAAGUAAGCCUGCCAACAUCUAAUGAUGGUGCUGCCUCAGCUUCUGGAUUUGCAUCUCAAAGAGCAUCUGGUGCCCUUUCUGGUUCUGGAGUUCUUAAUGCUAGGCCAGGAAGCACCACAUCAUCUGGAUUGCUCUCCCAUAUGGUAUCAACUUUUAAUGCUGAUGUUGCUAAAGAGUAUCUGGAGAAAGUUGCAGACCUUCUACUUGAGUUUUCUGGUGCCGACACAAGUGUUAAAUCCUAUAUGUGCAGCCAAAGUUUACUCAGUCGACUCUUCCAGAUGUUCAAUAGAAUAGAAUCGCCUAUUCUGUUGAAGUUGUUGAAGUGCAUCAAUCAUCUUUCAACUGAUCCGCAUUGCUUGGAGAACCUUCAGCGUGCAGAUGCAAUCAAAUAUUUGAUCCCAAAUCUUGACCUUAAGGAAGGACCUCUUACAUCACAAAUACAUCAUGAGGUGCUCAAAGCAUUGUUCAACUUAUGCAAAAUAAAUAAAAGGAGACAGGAACAAGCAGCAGAGAACGGCAUCAUUCCACAUUUGAUGCUUUUUAUUAUGUCAGGUUCGCCAUUAAAGCAAUAUGCGCUACCUUUACUUUGCGACAUGGCUCAUGCAUCACGUAACUCAAGGGAGCAGUUGAGGGCACACGGUGGGCUUGACGUGUACUUGAGUCUCCUCGAAGAUGAGAUAUGGUCCGUCACAGCCUUGGAUUCUAUUGCUGUGUGCCUGGCACAUGACAACGACAACCGAAAAGUAGAACAAUCAUUACUAAAGAAGGAGGCAAUUGAAAAGCUAGUGAAGUUCUUCCAAUGCUGUCCAGAGCAGCAUUUUGUACACAUAUUGGAGCCUUUCUUGAAGAUCAUCACGAAAUCAUCUAGGAUAAAUACAACUUUGGCUGUCAACGGUUUAACUCCAUUGCUUAUUUCAAGGCUUGACCACCAGGAUGCUAUAGCUCGUCUCAACUUGCUUAAAUUGAUAAAGGCUGUGUAUGAGCACCACCCUCGCCCGAAGCAACUUAUUGUGGAGAAUGAUCUUCCCCAGAAACUUCAGAAUCUGAUUGAAGAACGCAGAGAUGGGCAGCGAUCUGGUGGACAGGUUUUAGUGAAACAGAUGGCUACAUCAUUGCUUAAAGCACUUCAUAUCAAUACGGUUCUAUAAUAUAUAUAUAUAUAUAUAUUAUUCCCCUCCGUUGUCUGCCUCCCAAUAUGUAACAUGUAGAUUUUCCAUCUAUCGACGCUUUUUUUGUGAUUUUGCAUUGUAAAAAAAAGGAGUUGCUAUUCUUAUUGUGUAAAGCCUUUUUUAUGGCAAACAAGGUUGAAAUUAUCAUUGGUGUACAACUUAUAAAGUUUUGUGGCAGUAAGUGAAUGAAUUCAUGUUCUGCUC